UCCUCAUUUCCGCUAUUUGAUUAUGUAAGGCUCCCAUGCUUUGCUCCUGUGCACCAACACUCUACACAGGUCUACGCUCUACGGCGCGAUGCGCACAGCCUAGUGCGUGCGCGAUGCAGCGCGCCACGAGGUCCGCCCCGAAGUGCUGGUUGCAAUGCAGCGGUCCUCGACAGCCUCGCCACCGAAGUGCCUCGCGCUGCUCCCGCAAGGAGCAGGCGGCUGCGAACUCGCGGGUUGUCUGCUACACACAAAAAAUGUGCUCUACAGAGGGGCCGUGCAGCUGCAGAAGCGCGCGUUUGGGGACUACGCGCCGCAGUGCGAGGCCCUCCGGGGCAGCCAUUUUGCUGCCCUGGCGGAGCGGGAGUCGGGGAGGGAAGAAGUCGGGGGCGUCCAAGUAAGAGGUCUUGCGAGCACUCGCUGGGCCAACCGUGUGGUCGACCCGCGCACAUGCGCGUCUACAGACGUCACAUGCGAGGCUUACCACUCACUGGUGGGCUCGCACAUCAGUACCUGGCCCUCUGGCCAGGGGCCUGGUGGCAAGCAACGGAAUUCACACGGCGAGACGCAAACGGCGUGGCAAAGGAUAGAUAAGUGCCACACGCCUGGAGCCGCCCUUACCAGCGCAGGCCGCCACGGGCAAGAUUAAGCAAAGCCGGCAACACUCCAGGGAAGCAAAACGACGACGGCAGACAGACGGACCGGCCACCUGUCUGCGGGUUGCGGGCCGGGCCAAACUCAAAGUCGCCGCGCAACAGGUCACAAAGGUCACAAAGUGAAGGAGGGGCGAAGAGGUACGCCAGCGUCUGAUUUUUUUUUUUUUUUUUU